AUGAUAGGUAUACUCUCUAUUCUAUCAUGCUUAGCGAGGUCAGAAGACUUCAACAACAUCAGGAUGUACCAAGUCAUGGUUUCAUCUUUCCAAGAUGGUGAUGGUUCACGUGGUUACGGAACAGGAUAUGGUCCAUCUUCCCACAGAGGUGACCUCCGCGGUAUUAUCAACGCACUCCCAUACAUCAAGGGCCUCAAUGUCAACGCACUUUGGAUGACACCAAUCUUCGAUUCAUCUUAUGGCCAAGGUGGUUCGAUGCUCCAAUCAACAGGCUACUUCGCAACAAACUACUUCAAUAUUGAUCCAAACUUCGGUGACGAAGGCACCUUCAGAGAGCUCGUCAACAAGGCACACGAACUCGGUCUCUACGUCAUCCUUGAUGGUGUUUUCGGUCAUCAUGGCGGCGUCAGAAGCGCAUCACCAAGCGGCAGAUGGCCACAAGGCGGCUCUAACCCAGUUUCAUAUCCAGGAUCUCUCGACUUCUACAAGGAAGUUGCAACAUACUGGAUUGAGAAGUAUGGCAUCGACGGCUGGAGACUCGAUCAGUGCUACCAGAUGUACCAGAACGGCCACAACUACAUGAGCGAGAUCAGACAGGCUAUCGAAGACUGCUGCAACCAGAGAAGGAACAGAGGCGAUAAGUGGGGCACACUCGGCUACAUCGUUGGUGAACACUGGUCCGGCGCAGGCGACAUUAACACAAGAACAUACGGCCAGAACGGUCUCCGCUCAGCAUUCGACUUCCCAUCAAGAUACAAUCUCGUCCAGUCAAUCGCAAUGGAAGAGUCAGGCGCAGGUGGCUACCCAGUCGAAAACCUCGGCAAUAUCUUCAAGACACCAUCUGAGAAGGGAUACAGCGGCCAGGUCUAUCCAAACUUGUUCAUCACAAACCACGAUGUCUGGCGCUUCGGAAAUCUCAUCCGCAGCAAGUACGGAUACGCACGUGAGAACGACGCAUACUGGAACAGACACAAGAUCGCAAUCGGCAUCCUCGCAGCAUACACAGGCCCAAUCACAAUCUACUACGGUGAUGAAUAUGGUGAUAUCGCAGAAUGCUGGUACGGCCAAGGUGGCUCAUGCGGCGGCAACACAUACAGUGACAAUGCAGCACGUACAAAUGGAAGAACAGGUGGCUUCAACUCUCGCGAACAAGACCUCCACGAUUUCACAGCUAAGGUCAUGAGAAUCCGCAGUGAGAACCCAUCACUCUGGAGAGGAUCGAACGGAAAGACAUUCAACAACGGAUGCAUCUUCAACUGCAAGUACGACUCACAGACAGGAAACAAAGUCGUAUUCGCUGCUAACCUCGCAUACAACUCUGUCACAACACACUACCAGGUUGGUGGUUCAAGACUCACAGACUUGAUCAGCGGCAGAACAUACACAUCAUCGAACGGUGCAUACGACAUCCAACUCAAUGGACUCGGUGUUGCCCUCUUCAAAGUUGAGUAA